UAUAAGGAUACAUUCAUCACUACCACAAUGUCUUUACCAGUAGGACGAAAUUCACGUCGACAACAACUACAAUAUCCACAAGUUCAAAUAGUACACGGGCUACACUUCCCAGUGCCCGUAAACAACAUGGAUAUGUCGGUACCGAAGCCAAAUCAGGCACUGCCUAGCACGAUGCCUGACAUGACGCCUCUGGGGGAAGUAUCAAAUGUCAAUGCCCGCUUUAUGCCACAGGGACUGAAGCACUCCGAGGGACCAUGCUCCGGGCAAUCACAGAUUCAAUCUCCAGUACAAGGUCUCUCUGAGAUAUUACCCCAAGAUCGAUCUUUGAUGGAUUCUUGGGAGCCAACCGUAGAUCCUAUGCUACUCCAUAUCCAGCCUCAUACUAAACCUUUACCCCAGAACACCCAGAACACCCAGACGCAAUCACAAGAACAACCUCAACCUCAAUGUCAGAUGAACUCCUUCGGACCAACCAUAGGUUCCGGGGGAUUAUACACUCAGCCCCAAACUCAGUCUUCACAUCGUAGUCCCCAGAGGCAAUCACAAGGAUUCCAUCAGGCACAAUCUCAACGUCAAUUUCAGAUGACUGUUGGGCCAGCCACGGAUUCUGGGCAAUUCUCUAUUCAGUUCCAUACUCAGCCUUUUCAGCAGUUCCAGGCGCAAAUACAAGGAUUCUCUCAGCCUCAAUCCCAGGUGACUUAUUGCCGGUCAAUCCUGGGUUCUGGGGAAUUAAAUAUUCCGAUCAAUGCUCGGCCUUCGCCUCAGAAUUCCCAGAUGCAACCACUGGGACUCCCUCAAACACUACUUCAACAUCAAUCUCAGACACCGGACAAUACUUUUCAGCAAUCAUCUCCUCAGCAGUCACAACAAAGCUACUCACACACACCUCCACAGCAACAGCUACAGUCGCAGACAGAUUCAUCGGUAAACUCUGGAUCAUUGUCUCCAACUAAUCUAGAUCAACCAUGGAUGCAAUUCAAUAUUAAGACAGGGUUUGAAUUCGAUACACCUCCCCCUAAAAAGUACUGUUCCCUCCCACUCCAUAUGAUAGGAAAGGUGCUAGGAAAAAUACCGCCUUGGAUCAAUGAGCUGCCGGAGGGUGUUGAAAUAUCGCAAGAAAACUUGCUAAACAUGCCGAUAUUCGCCAGGCACUAUCCUUCCUUCUACUUCAUACUCAGCGUCUACAUGCGCGAUAUCAAAGUACAAGACCUGACAACGAAGGAUAUGCCACCUUAUUUGAGGUCAGAGUUAUUAAGCUUUGUAGGGGCCACUCCUGAAUUCGAUCGAGUCGUGUUCCGAGAAAACUGGCUCAACUACUUUGACGCGCUCAAUUGGUUCAUUGCCAUUCACGCGGGCCGCCAUGCUGUGGAGUCAUAUAAGCUGGUCGAACUCGUGAAGAAAUUAGUGAGCCUACGCUAUAUCGACAGCGAGUUUAUAUACAUUUCGAUGAACCAAACAUACGGUAAGUAA